AUGCAUGUUAAAAACCCAUCACGCAUUAUUCCUUCCAGUGGAUAUAGCAAGUCACAAAUAUCCGGCAACGGUGGAAUAUCAACGUAUGACACAUAUGACCAGACACAAAUCAUAUUCAGUACCGUGUCAUGUCUGUUCGUCUGUCACGAAGACAUUUCAAGUAGAAACAAACAGGACUAUUUUGUAAACAUGGGUCAUCCCAAUGAAACAACAUAUAAAAUGCGAUCACCUCAAGCAUUUAUAGCUGUUUUUAUAAUUCUGUCCGUUGCAUUAGGAUAUUACAUUAUGUCAUAUUCUUGGGAAAACAAAGAUUUGGCAGAAAAAUACACAACAGUAACUUGGAAGCUCAAAAAGUCGACAAGAACUUUGGAGAAAACAGAUAUGAAACUAAAAACAUGUUGGUCUGAAAAAAGGUCGAUGGAGCAAUCCAACUCAGAGCUUCAAAGCAAGGUAGCAAAAUUGGAGGAGGAACAAACGUCCACCAUGUCAGAAAAAACAGAAGUUGGAAAAAAAUAUGCUGAUGCAGUGGACUUUUUCCAAUCUGUGAAAUCUAUUGUUGGAAAUGCAGAUGGUCAGUUGUCUAAGGAUGAAAAAAGUGACCCAACAAGUGAAAUGUAUAGCGCGUUAAAAGAGUUGCUGCAUCAAUGGAAAUCUGACAGAGUUUUAUAUUCCAACUUGAAGUUAUCGAACCAGGAGCAGUCAGGAAUAUUAUCUGAAACGAAAUCCAAGAAUGUACAGCUGGAGAUAGAUAAUGGAAAGUUAACGGAUCAGGUAAAGCAGUUGGAGGAGAAAGUGUCGACUUUGACAGAAGAGAAGACACAAACUGAAACGUCUAUGGCUACUUUGAGAGAAGAGCUAGAGGCUGCGAAAAAAGAAACUAAUGUCCGUGGUUUCCGGCAGCGACAGUCGAACGUGCAUGUGGAAGAACCUACCAGCUCUCAGCACGAAAGACGAGUCGAAGAAGCGAUACAGCACCGUGCUUUUCCAACACACGGGAGGAGAGCACAUCGCAAAAAGAGUAAAGUGGAUGAAAACAAAAAGGAAGAAGAAGAAAAGAAAAAAGAAGAAGAAAAAAAUAGUGAAAAAGAAGAAGAAGAAGAAGAAGAAGAUAAAGAUAUGAAAGGUGAUGAAGCAAAGAAGGAAGAAAGGACUAUUACGCCCUCCCCACGAGUUGAAACGCCUGCGGUAUCAACAACACCUCAUAACGAAACUAACGAUGCAGAAAGCAAAACAACGUCUACGGUAGAAAGCUAUGACGCCCAAGAAGAAGCAUUAAAACCGCACAAAAACACUUCCGAACUCCACCACUCCACCAAAGCGUCGAAUGCAAAUUCCACUGGCAAAGAAAACGACACCGAUGUCGAUUUCGACGAAACGGAAGAAGGGAAUUCAAAAGAAGAAAACUCAAAAGGACAGGAAAAAAAUGAUGAUGAACCAGCAAGGCAUGGUAAGCUUGACCGUGAUGAAGAAGAAAAGGUAGAAGAGGGCGACGAUAAUGAAGGGGAUGACAACGAGAACGAUUUUACAACGUAAACUUUGAGGGGAGUCACAUGUAGUAAGAGGUUAUCAAAAUAUAUAGUGCACGUUUAUUUAUUUAAAAUGCCAACAUAGCAGACAGGACAUAAUUCAGAAGAACCUUAUUUCGGACUUUAAAGUAGUUAUUUACAGUCGAAGCUUCCCAAUAAAAAAUGUAGGCAGCAAACAGCUAAAUUUGUUCAAGAAAACGUCGAAUCUCGCAAUACUUUAAUUUGGGAAACGUUCGCGAGAUUGAAAUUUUUCGUGAAACUUUGUCUCGCAAAAGAUAUUCUGUUCAAAUUUUUUAAAUUUUUAUUUCACGAAUUUUUUUAAAAGCCUUCACUUUUGAAUUUCCAAAUUUGUCUCGAAACUAGGAAAUAUAUUUGCAUAAAUGAAGCGUUAUGCUUCAAACAUGCUUAUCUUCAGAAAAUAUUGCAAUAAAAACGGAAACACUUUUCCCUAUUUUUUAUAAAUCACGAAUCAGGAAAGUUUAUCUUGCGAAAACUUCAUCCAAAAGAUUUUGCGAGUUCUUAGGCUCGCGACUGAUUUUUGAAAUGAGGGUUGAUGUACUGCAACGUUGGUAUUUAAAAUACCAUGCACAGCAUUAUUUAAUAUUUAUUAAACCUCGUUCCCAGCCCCUAUUGUCUUUUGUUUUGUCGCGAUAUCCUGGUGGGGGCGAGAUAAGCAUUUCUUAUCUUUACUUUUUCUACUAUUUUCUUUUUAUUUUUUUUUAAAAACAAAGAAUAACACCCCACCUUUUUUGUCUUAGGGGUCCAAGUUAAGCCUUUCACGAAAAAACGAACGGUUCGAACGUUUGAUGAAGUAACACGACAUGAACCUUAUGGAGAGGAGGACAUAGUCGAUUAUCGUGAUUUUAGCGUUAGAAAACAUACUUCUUAAGUCAAUUUUCUUUACUAAUAAAAUAUGCAGAGGGGUCUUAUUUUUUAGAUAUUUGUGUGAAUUUUUGUUUUUUACUUGGAACAUGUAUAUUUGAAUCAGUUUUUCGUAAUAUUUUGGUAAAAUCUUAUCCUACUUUCAAAAUA